GGCGACCUUCCGCGCAACCUCCGCUCCCCCAUCCCCGCCGCAACCCCCGUCGACCCUUAGAACACUGGCCACGGUGCCAGUGUGCCGCAGCACGAUGGUUUCCUCCUUCUGUUGGAGCUGCCUUACCCGGCUUCCCCCCGCGCCUCGAGCCAUCCUCCCGCCGACCUUAACAGCACAGCGAGUAGCGUCAUUUCACACGUCCACCGCGCUUUUCUCGUCGCCGAUCAGGAAGAAGAAGGGCGAAGUGGCUCCGGCCAAGUUCCGCCAGGCUAAGUCCGCCAAGAUGAAGAAGAAGAAGCCGGUGGAGAGGACGCGUCCUCCUGCCGUCGGAGAGCGCAAAGCACUCAAGAAACGCAUUGUCCUUAGCAACCCCAACGCCCUUGAGGUCGAAGGUAUGCAGGAUCUCUCGGCGGAGAACAUGGUGGAUGCGCGCCUUCGCGGAUCAAUCCUUAGCCUUCCGGUGCCAAUGCUCGAUCAAUUGAGAGCAGUUCAGGCCUUCAAGCCCAAGCAAGGCUGGUCCAUAUUCCGUCGGCCCGGAACUGUGGUGAGACGGGAGACGCUCGAGCUGGGAAGACUCAUUGACGGCAUCUCCGGUGAGGGUGAGAACAAGGGAAGGGUUGUCAGGAAGAUUGUCACCGGUGUGAGGGGUUCCGGAAAGACUGUCCACCUGCUGCAGGCCAUGUCGAUGGCUUUCACCAAGAACUGGGUUGUUAUCACGGUCCCUGAGGCCCAGGAUCUAGUCAUUGCCAACACUGCCUACGCCCCGCUCUCCGAUGAGAACCCAGACGUCUAUGUCCAAAACGAUGCCACCGCCGCUCUCUUGUCUCGCACGGUAACCGCCAACCAGAAGGUUCUGUCCACGCUGAGCGUCUCCCAGACACACCCGGCCCUCAAGUCGGCCGUCAAGCCCGGCAUGACCCUGGAGGAUCUUGCCAAGCUCGGUAUCCAGGACCCUGCCGCUGCCUGGAACGUCUUUCAGGCCUUGUGGACUGAACUCACCGCUACGGCCCCGGCUCCCGGUUUCGAGGAGAGCUUCAAGUCUCGUCCUCCCAUGCUUGUUACCCUGGAUAAUCUGGCCCACUGGAUGAAGGAUUCCAAGUACAACAGCAUCGAUUGCAAGCCCAUUCACGCACACGACCUUGUGUUUGUCCAGCACUUCCUCUCCCUGCUGAAGCCGAAUGCCAACAAGCCCACUCUCCCCAACGGUGGUCUUAUCCUUUAUGCCACCUCCGCUUCCAACGGCCCUACCAUCUAUGGUGUUACCGUCGCACUCAAACAAUUGGCCGCUCGCGAGGCUGGCGUCAAGCCGUCCUCUCCAGAGUACCCCCAGGCUGAUCCGUACCUCAACGCGGACAAGCGUGUCCUUGCUGUCUUUGAAGACAUCAAGUCCACUGCCCCCAAAGAAGGCGCUCUCGAACUCCAGACUAUGGGCGGUCUCACUCGCGAAGAAGCCCAGGGUUUUAUGGAAUACUUUGCCCACAGCGGUCUCCUUCGCGAAAACAUCACCGAUGAGUGGGUUGGCGAGAAGUGGAGUCUGGCUGGAGGCGGUGUUAUCGGUGAGCUCGAGAAGCUCGGAAGACGGCUAAGAGUGGUUGCUUAGACGAGUUUCCUCCGCGUCAUGCUCUGUAGAGAUCACCUUGUCUUUUGUUUUUGUCCCCCGAUUUCUAUUUACUUCCCAUCCUGCUGUGCCAUUGGAUGGAUUCGAGAAUCUCUGUAUUGUAUUUUAUCUUUAGGCUUCUUGCGCGUGUCUGUAUGCAUAUAAUGGAAUUCGAAAUAUAUUUUUCCAUCUUUCA